AUGAAGCUCUCCCUUGUCUCCCUCACCCUCCCCCUAGCCACAGUGGCCCUCCCCAAUGUAGGCUACGCCCGCGUCCGUAACAACUGCACCGAAACUGUUUGGCUCUGGUCUGUCGGCACCAACAUCUCAGCGCCCUACCGCUUGCAACAGGGCGCCUCCUACGCAGAGCAAUUUUCUCGCGACCCCAUCACGGGCGGCCGCGCGCUAAAAAUCACAAUCCCCGAGAAUGGUCUCUAUACCCCUGGCGUGCCACAGACAAUUUUUGCGUACAACCUCGAUGGCGCUGGGAUCUGGUACGACCUGAGCGAUGUGUUUGGCGAUGCUUUCAUUGGGAAGAAGCUUGUUGUUGCCAGCGCUGAGCCGACUUGCCAGAAGAUUAUUUGGCCUACUGGUGUGCCGCCGGCAGGUAGCCAGGUGAAGGUUUGCACGGCAGAGAAGGAUGUUACUUUGACGCUUUGCGCAGACUAG